UGAAUUAGGUCAAAUAUGACGUACAUGGCGGGAAGUUGUUAAAAUUCACACCAGCUUAUUUUCCAGUAUUUUCCAUCAAAGAAGUUAUAUUCAUGGCUUUAUUGUCUCGAUUAUUUGCAAGGGAGGCAACAGCAUCGUUUGGUAAAGAAGGUACCUUAACGUCCUGCUUAGACCGGAUCACAGAGGAUUUCAGGUGCUACAGCUUUGACCAGCACCUGAUUGAAGGACAAGAAUAUGAGAUUAUCCCCCCUUUUGCAUGCAGUUUCUGCAAAGUCCCAGGGAGUUUGCAUUUUCUGGCUGUGGCAGAUGAAGAUGGAACAGUGGUGCUUUACAACCUGAAUAAAACAGGAACUGAAGCUGUUGUUAAAGAUUGGUCAGCCCAUUCCAAUGCCAUCUUUGAUGUCAGUUGGGUCAUUGGUGAAAACAAGAUACUUACAGCAUCUGGAGACCAAACAAUAGCUUUGUGGGAUGUGGAAACUUCACAAAAACUGGCUGUAUUUCGUGGUCACACUAGUAGUGUCAAAUCAAUCAGCUCACGUUGGAAUGAUCCAUACAUAUUCAGCUCAGGUUCCAGAGAUGGGCAUAUCAUGCUCUGGGAUACUAGGUGCAGUAAAAAAGAUGGUUCCAUCCCAUCUGUUAACAUUGUAAGGAAUGCUCACCUCACCACAAGUUCAGGCUCCACACCCAAACCAAAGAAAAGAACAAAACUUGGCCCAGCUCAGGAUUCUCAGCAAAGUGUGACAUCUGUUUUAUUCCAAGAUGAGAAUCAUUUGGUUUCAGCAGGGGCUGUGGAUGGGACAGUGAAAGUGUGGGACAUGAGAAAGAACUACUCUGUUUUGAAGAUGGGGGCACAACCCAUGCACAACUUUCCAUACAAUGGUUCAAGCAUCAGAAAACAUGGCUUCUCUAAUCUUGCAUUUGACUCUAGCCGCACAAAGUUGUUUGCAAGUUGUACAGAUGACCAUAUUUACCAGUAUAACUGUGCCAGUUACACUUCUAAGUCAGAGGGUGUGUAUAAAGGGCAUAGGAACUCCACAUUCUAUGUGAAGGCCUGUGUCAGCCCAGAUGACAGGUUUCUCCUCAGUGGAUCCAGUGAUAACAAUGCUUACAUGUGGAAGAUUGAUGAUCCAUUGUCCAGUCCAGUUUUAUUGAAGGGUCACUUGGGAGAGGUGACCAGUGUGGCAUGGAAUCCUGCUGACUUCACACAGGCUGUGACCCUAAGUGAUGAUAGCACCAUGCGUGUGUGGCGGUUGUACAGGCACAGUACCGCUGACUCAGAAAGGGUGACCAUUGGACAUGCUGAGAGAGCACCCCAAACCAAGGUUUCACCUUCUAAAAAUCUGAAGCCUCCAUCCUCAUCAGGACAAAAAGUGUCACCUCACAAAGACUCCAGAGUUGUCAGAAAUGUUAAUGUCAAUCCGACCACUUUAUCAGUCACAGCAAACCUGAGUAACACUAGGAAUAUGACAGCUAAAUUGGUACCAGUAACCCUAACAAAGUGGCUGAAUAGGACUGGAAAAGUUGACAGUGCACUUAUGACUUCCCCACGGAAACCACCUCCACCAUCCCCAAGAAAAUUAAUUAUUAGUCCCAUGAAAAGGCCAUCUGUUCCAACACCUGUCAGAAGUGUGGGGAUAAAGAGGCAACACAGCAGUGGAGAAUUAAUGCAAAGAAAUAAGGUGGCAAAAACUGUGACAAAUGGCCAAGUAGAGUAUGGGAAUGCUUUAGAUGAAGUGAACUAUAAUAGUCCAGAAAAAGUGAAUCAAGACAGUAGUGGUGAUUUAUGUUUUAGUGAGACUGUAAAGACACCUCAAGGGGCAAAAAAACAGCUUUUCUCUUCAGACUUUAAAGAAGGAGAAACUGUUCACAAACUGAAAACAAUUGAAAGUUCUCUGACCCGCUCCCCAACAAGCAAUCUCCCAAACUGGGUUCUCAAUCCAGAACCAAGGGUGCCACAAGCCCCUCAAAAUAAAGAAAACUCUCCCAAAUCUAUAGACUGGCUAACAAAAAUAAGUCUACAGCGAAGAGGUUCAGUAACCUUAGAGAGUGGAGAAAUUGGAAAAAAGACAGCUGUGGAUAAUGCAUGUGGAAAAUUAAAACUCAAAGUGAGGAAGGAGAGAAUUCUCUCUAAAGAGGAGACACUGGACCAAGUCAAAGGAAGUCCAAAAUCUGUAAGCCGCUCAGCCUCUCCAACUUCACCACUGGUUGCAUCACCAAGAAAUCGGUCAAUCUUAUCCUUCUUUAAGCAGAAACCAAAGUAGUAACAAACUGCAGACAAGUUUCAGUAACAUUCAAAUAAAAUGGACAUUUGGUAUUUUCGGACAUCAUCUUUAGGCGGCAGAAAUCAGACAUUCAUUUGAUGUUCUUGAAAUAUCCAGUUUUUAGAGAAAAGAAUUUGCAUCAGGGAUUAAAAAUUGUGGAACUGAUUUACUCCUGAUAAAAAUUUGAAAAAAAAAUCCAAAAAAUAUUUGCAAGUUUUUUUGACCUGCGGCUGUUGUAAACCUGGAGAGAAGAUUCUAAUUAUAUGAUGAAUGGAGAUUGGAAUUGGUGUCUUACUGGUUGGAUGAUAUACAUGCAUGUAUAGGAAUUGGAACAGAGUUGAUCAUAAAUUUAUGUUGUUAUCAAAUUAGAAUCUUUCAUUGGUGCCAUGAUUUGGUGGGAUUUAUGAACAACUGUUAGUGAAUUUGCAAUACUAAGAUAUUUGAAAAUUUUUUUUGUGUGUAAAUGCAUGCAAAGGUACACUUUUUGUAGCUAUCUAUGAUAUACUUAUUAGGUGCUUAGCUGAAAUUGAUAACUUUGCUGAAUGAGUCAAUUUAAGAAUAAUGUGAUUUAAUUAGUUCUUAAUUUAAAUACAUGAUUCUUUCUACCCCUUUAUAAAUUGUUUUGAAUGAUAAAAAAAGCAACUGUUGUUUAUCAUUCAAAAUUUAUUUAUUU